AUGUCGUAUCUUUUAUUGCGAAUAGCAGAUGGAUGGAUCACUAAUAGUGAUGGUGAUUUUUAUGUGGAAGAUACCGAGCAAAAAUGCAGAAUGUGGAUUCCAAAUAAUUUAAUAGGAUUUCAUGAAAACAAUGAAGCAUAUUUUAAAAAUCAAGGAAGUGAUAACAAUGUUAAAAGAACUAUAAAAAUUAUUGACAUAAGCCACGAGUUUAAAGAAACAAUUAUAAACGAAGUUGAAAAUUCCUAUGAAAAUUCAUUCCAGUCUGAAAGAACAAGUAAUGUGAUCGAAGUUGAAAAUGUAGACGCUACGAAGACAAAAGAAAAAAGAAAUACCUGGUCUGUAAAUGAAACUUGUGCCUUAAUAGGAGCUGUAGAGGCACGUUAUGAUGAUAUGCAUCACGUACAUAAAAGAAAAAAUUUUUGGUCGGUUAUUAGUGAAGAACUUAGUAGUCAAAAUAUUGAAGUAAGUUUCCAAAUUGGCAUGCAAAAAAAGUGGCAAAAUUUAGUGCGUACCUAUAAAAAUACAAAGGAUGUACAAUCUAAAACGGGAAGAGGUCCUGUGAAAUUCACUUUUUACAAUAGAUUGGAUGAGUUAUUGGGCGAUUCACCAUCGAGUGCAAGCACACAUUCAUUAGAUGUUGACGAAUUGCAAUCGCAAGACACUCAAGUCGAACCAACACUGAAUUUCGAUUCUGAUACCAGCUCAGAAAGACCUUCUUAUUCCAAUGAUUCAUCUUGUACGCAAAAAAGAAAAAAUCCAUUAAUGGAACUAGUAAAAGUAAAAAAGAAAUUUUUUGAAGAAAAAAUGGAGAAAAUCAAAGAAAAAGAAAUCAGCAGAAAACUUUAUGUUGAAGAAAGCUUGAAAUACAAAAAAGAAAAGCUAGAUCUAUAUAAAGAAAAACUGGAAAUGGAAAAGAAGAAAAUAAAGGCAUUAGAAGACUUACAGAAGAUCUUGAAAGAAAAAAUUACAUAAAAUACUAAUAAUCAGUACUACAAACGUUCAAUCGAAGGUUGACUCUCAGUCAAGUUCUCACAUUAUUUUUGAGUUCGUACUAGAAACUUUUAGUAAUCAAAAAAUAUUUUACUCUAGUAAUAGCAUACGCAGAGUGCUAUAGUAUUGUGU